AUGGCUGUUCCUGGUGUCAAUCAACCUCCGUACCCGCUCCACGACUCCGUCAAGCAUCUGCUAGACCCCGAGUAUGUUGAUUUUUAUAACCAACAUGUUAUCAACAACCAACAGGUGCAUUUGCAACCGGUCGCUGCGUCGCGCACUAGCGGCGUGUUGAUUCCUGGGGCCGGACCAAUGCUCGAGGUGGGAAAGACACAAGACCUCACUGUUCAACGCCAGGCUACCGAGGGCCCUGCUGUGCAAGUCCGCGCUUUUACUCCCAAGGGCGAGGUCCCCGCUGGCGGGUGGCCUGUGAUUCUGUACAUCCACGGCGGUGGUUGGGUCUUGGGAAACAUCGACACCGAGAAUGUUGUGUGCUCAAAUCUGUGUGUUCGGGGGAAUUGCGUAGUAGUGACCGUCGAUUACCGUCUCGCACCGGAAAACCCUUACCCUGCAGCCGUUCACGACUGCUGGGAAGCCCUCCUCUGGCUGCUUCAGCAAGGCCCCUCCGCGCUCUCAAUCAACCCGUCCAGAAUCGCAACAGGCGGCUCCUCAGCCGGCGGCAACCUCGCCGCAAUCAUGACCCACAAGGCCCUAACUCUCUCGCCUCCCGUGCAUUUCCAAGCCCAGCUACUCUCAGUCCCGGUGACUGACAAUACCGCUACCGUGGCUAACAACGAGUCUUACCGUCGCUAUGAACAUACCGCCGCCCUGCCUGCGCCCAAGAUGAUCUGGUACCGCGACCACUAUCUUCCCAAUGAAGCUGAUCGCACCAAUCCCGAGGCAAGCCCGCUCUUUUACACUGGCGACUGGUCUAAACUUCCCCCGGCGCUGGUCAUGGUUGGCGAGUUGGACGUGUUGCGGACGGAGGGUGAGCAAUAUGCCGAGAAACUUCAGAAGGCUGGUGUCGAGGUCAACCUCCAGGUUAUGAAGGGGAUGCCGCAUCCUUUCUUGGCUAUGGAUGGUGUUUUGUCUGAGGGGAAGAGGUGCAUUACGCUUAUGUGUGAUGCCCUGCAGAAGGCCUUUUGGAGUUGA